AUGGCUCAAGCUUCGGCAGCCGACCUGUCGAGAGAUCGCACUGUCUCCUCCGAGCCUUGCUCAACCCGGCCCAAUCCCUUCGACGACAGCGAGCUAGCCCGGAAGCGUCGCCGCACAUCUUUGACCAGCGGAUCCCGAAGCCGCUCGGCUGAAACUCUCGAUUUUCCUCCGAGCUCACCUGUUGCCGGCACGUCGGCUCCCGACCUGCAGAACGAUUCUGCCAUGAAGAUUGACUCGGACCUCAGCAUACCUUCUACCCCCGAACAACGUCAGCAUCUCGACAAUGAGCCAGCUUCAGAACCCCGCUCCAGCCGCGUUACCAUAAAUGUGCGGACUCCAUCGCGCCCGCCCGGUCAGAUCCCUUCGUCGGCACCGUCACCCUCCCCGACGGGUGCUACCCCGCCGCCUGCCGAAUCACCUACCGAUGCCCGCCACACUAGCCUAGAGGGAUCCGGGGUGGUCAUGUCGCCAAACGGCACAGCAAUCGACGUUCCGAUGCCGUCGAGCUCAGAGAGCGGCAGCCCACCAAUUGAGAUUGUCUCGGUGAGCGGGGAGGACGACGCCGAUUUCGACGAUGACGAUUCAAUCACCAUGUUGGAUGAGUCUGGCCGGUCUCUGACAUAUGAUCCUACUAUCUCAUUCCCCUUCCACGAUGUCACGGAGUCAUAUCUGGAAACCGUCAUCCGGUUAUUGCAAUAUUUGCCAACCCACGAACAGGUGUCCCGCGCCUUCAUCGAGUGGAUAGACAAGUAUCUCGACUACGUCAAGACUGCUGCUCCGCGCGCCGUUGAGGAAUCCUACUUCAAUUACCGGGAGAUGUGGCAGGCAGUGCCCCAGUUGGUCCUUCACAUGGUCAAUCGAAAGUCUGUGUACCCACGGUCCAAGGACUUGCGGCAAGACAUCUUUGCGUUUUACAGGUCGUUUGCCCAGUUGACGGCCUUCUUCGUCGAGUUUGACCUUCGAGCUUUCCGGAACCCAGCCUUGUCCGACCAGGAGCGCUUGCAGUCCCUUGCUUCUCCAACCUACCUCUACGCGCUCGGUUCGCUUACACGCCGAGAAGAGGUGACUUGGCAUGCCUCGCAUCUGCGCAGCGAGGAGGAUGAUUGGAGCUAUGGCGCCGAGAUUGCCGCGAUUCUCGACACGUUUCAGCACUUCCCGCCCGCCCAGGGAGGCUCUCUCGUCAAUAUCAGACAACUGGCCAUGGCUGAGCUACGUCUCGUGUCACAGUUCCCUAAGGUGGUCACGGAGCACCUCGGUAAUCUAUGCCUCAUCGCGGGAAACGUCUUGAAGUACGGCUUUCGGAAAGCGCAUUACCCCGGUCAGCAGGUUACCGAGGUGGCGAGGCGCAACAUUACUCGCAUGUACAGUUUCUUUACCACCAUGUCUGCCAUGCUAUCAGACAUGGUCGACAAGAGCCUAAACCAGCUAUCGCCUGAUGGCGCGGGAAACCUGAUCGAAGGGCUGACAGAGACGUAUCAAACGUGUCUUGCGACAAGUGGUGUGGUCCCUACGGCAACCAUCAACCAACAUCUGCAGGCUCACCCACCCAUCGCCGCGCAUCACGUGCCCGAGGCAAUGGCGUACCAUUGGAGGUUUACUCACUUCGUCAAACUCAUCAAGUCCGGCCAGAUGCAGCUGCGUGUCAUGGCCGUGAGCACCAUGUGUAGCGAUCUGGUGGCCUUGUACCGGAAGCACGCCGAGACGGCAGGCGACGAGACGACUGCCGCUCUCUUGCACUACAUCUCCGACUUCCUCCUUAGCACAGGCUUGGUCAACUACAUCUUAGGCCCGACUUGUCACCCAGAGAUAACGCUGGAGAGUAGCAAUGUCAUUGGAUUCCUGGUGGUGUCCAAUACAUACUCACGCGCGCAUACCGAUGCCCUGUGGCAGACGGUUACGUCGACGCAGGAUCCACGGGUAUCAGAUGCGCUCAUCCGCAUGAUCGGCCGCAUCGCCAACCUCUUCUCGCAGGAAUCACUGCUGUAUUUCUGCGAGAAGCUGAACACGGUACCUGUGGAAGUCUUUGGUUUAAGCACUCGAGAGUUCUGCGACCAGGUGUUGAAGCAGAUCCUCAGUCGAUUUCAGGAGUGCCUCCUCACCAACUCUGCCCCGUUUGAUCUGUGCAUUCGCCUCAUCCGCCAGUCCUCAUGCUUGGGGUCCCAGUCGCCAGUUGCGUAUCCUGACAUUCAGCAGUUCGCAGUACAGAAGUUUGACAGCAUUCUGAAUCACGGGCCUGAUCAGGAGGGUCGUUGGAGGAUCUAUCGCGGCUGCUUGAGCGAAAUUGCGAGCCGGUCACCGUCCACAAUUGGAAGCCUUUGGGUCCUGAAAAUGGCGACCCGUUUCUAUAAUCUUCGCGACCUGCAUGAGCUGACUUCCGAACAUGACCUGACCAGGCUGUUGAUCGAAGAGCUCGCUGCUGCUGUUCCCGCUGCGAAGGCUGCAGGCUUCUCGGCCGUCAUCAGCGGGCCCCAGAACGGCCCUCGGAAAGAUCUUCUUACGGCCCUGAUAUUUCACGAGCCUGAAUCCAUCACAAAAGAGCUGGGGAGGAAACUUUGGCAUUUGCUGGUUGGCGCGGAAGCAGCCUGCAAGGAGGAUCGGGAUGCCGCCUGGCAAAUUCUUACCGUGGCAAUGAAGCGGAGUCAGGGCGAGAAUCCCUUUGCAUCGACAUGCUUUACCGAGUAUCUGCCAUCGCUGGACCCCAAGCUGUUCUGUCAGGGUUCCCUUGAUUUCGUUCGCGAGGGCGUUAUGCCGCUGGUGAAUGAUCCCAGCAGCAUCGUCCUCGACGACGACGACAACCCCAAGCACCCAGGGAUCGAGAUGUUGUGGCGGAUUGCUCUGACUGCGCCAACGGGCACGGUCGAGAAAUUGGCAAUUCAUGCUCUGGUCAGGGAUGUCUACAUCGAGAGCCGCUCCAUUCAGUCGUUUUCGCUCUACCGGGCCCGCAAAGUGCACUUAGCCCUUGUUGACCGGUGCCUUCGCCAGCUCUCUUCGGCGGCGCAAAAGCUGAAAGACUUCGCUGAUGGGGUUGUCAGCGGCGAUGACGACUCCAUGGUCGUGACCACCACCGACGAGCAGGUCCAUGAUCAGGAGUUGUUGUUCAUCCGCUCCUUGGCAGUGCUGAGAGAGUUUCAUCACCUGCACCAAGCCAAACCCGAGUUUUCGGCGCCGGACAUUAGGUCGCUUGUCCUGGAAUCCCCAAAGGAUGUGGAGGGUGAGUCGGCAGAGCUCAAGUACCAAUCAUUUGACGGCGACACGCAGACGACGGUCAUGCCGUUGAACAUUGGCAAGCGCAACACGGCCGCGUCGCUGCUAGCAAGCCUGCGAGAAGCCACCGGAUUCGAAAGCUAUCGAAUUUACUACCGAGGGAGGCCCUUCGUUCCACAGGAAAGCGACAUCUGCAAAUCUCUUGAGGACUUACAGAUUCAUAAUGGCAUCAUCCUUGUCAAAAGGGAGCUAGAGGCCCCAGCUUCACCAAGGGUGCCGCAGGGUGCAUCACCUGUGGAGAUUGAAAUCCUGAGCCACUUCGAUCAGUUAUGGGAAUACUUUUCAAUGGAUGAGAAGCUCGCUCGCGAGAUUUACGGCUUCUUGGUCAAGCUCCCUGCGGAUGAGAAGGUACUGGAAGCCAUCAAUAGCCCCUCGCUCGGCUAUGCCACCACUUUUCCUCUGGGUCAACCAUUCAAGUCCCUUUAUGCCGUCCAUGCGCUUCACGAGUAUCUCGGAUUCUCCAGGCCGAGCUCCGCUGCCUCUGGGAACGAAGACUCGACACCUGACCCAGAGGGGAACCCUAGUCCGCGUGCACCUUUCCUGCUCCGCGCCCUGUCCCUUGUCGUCACGGCAAUACUGGACCCUCAGGUUGUUGCACAAUGCCCGAACCAGGAGCUACAGAUUCAACUUGGUUCUGCGCUCGUGGAAUUGCUUGUGUCUCUUCUUGGAGAUCCAGAACUACCGACGUCUGCGACUGAGUCUCUCACCGCGCCCUUGUUGGAUCGCCUCCUAGCUAUCCUUUCGAUGGGUAUCGCAGCAAACUGUCAGAAGAAGGCUACGAAGCAUGUGACCCUCUGCCUUCGGGGUAUUCUGGAGUCCUGCUCCGCGAGCGACAUCUUCAUGUCGGCCUUCGCCUCCCACCCGGAAGUCCCAGGCAUGCUUGGAAAUCUUCUUCUCCGUGAUCCGCGGGCCUCAGUCAGGCAAAACUGUGCACUUCUCAUUCGGCAGAAGACUGGCACAGUCGCUGAGGACGAGAAUGCAGAAGAGGCGUCGCCGGUAGUUGCAAGAUUUAGGGACUUGUUUUGGCCAGUGGUCUCCCGACUCGUCAAGGCAGCCGUCGCAAACCGCAGUAACUCGGCUGAGAUUCUCGAACUCAGCUUUGACAUGCUCCAGACGCUUGAAGAAGCGCAGCCCAGAACGCUCAAUCUCAAGGACCUCUCCCAUGAAUGGUUCAGCCUGCUCCUCAGCUACACGACAUCCGAGGACUUGACUAGGCCUGCUGAAAUUGACGUUGUUGCGGCCGGCUUUAUACGACUUCUCCACUACAUUACUUGCACGAUCAGUGAGCGAAUUGGCCGAGACAUCUUACCAGUGAGCGGAGUUGGCCGAAGGAUCUUCUGGAAGCACCUCUUCCCGCGCCGUGAAGAUGGGGCUAGACGAGUAGGGCACGCCCGCCCGAUUGCAUGUCCUCAAACCCGAGGUUGGCUUAUGGAGAUCAUUUUCACGCUGGUCAAGGAUGAUCCAACCCAAUUCAUGUGGCUCCUUGAGGACAUGGGUGACUUGGUCCCGGUCUACUCCGAGCAAGAAGGGGAUCCCUAUGCGUACGAACUUCCUCAGCAGUUCGAGAGGGCCAAGGCCAUCAGGGCUCCGUGCGGCUACGCUGGUCUCAGAAAUCUCUCCAACACCUGCUAUUUCAACUCCCUGGUGAGCCAACUGUUCAUGAACGUCGACUUCCGCGAGUUCAUGCUUGGAGCCACCGUCCGGGACCGAAACUACAGCCAAUGUCUCUUGUGGCAGACGCAGAAGCUUUUCUCUUUCAUGCAGGAUAGUGUCCGGCCCUUCAUCAGCCCUGAUGAGUGUGUUGCCAGCAUCAAAACUUACGAAGAUACGCAGAUCGACGUCGUCAUUCAGAUGGACGUCGAUGAGUUCUACAAUCUCCUAUUUGAUCGUUGGGAAGGGCAGUUUCUAACAAGCGAGGAGAAGAAUCGCUUCCGUUUGUUCUACGGUGGCCAGCUGGUCCAGCAAGUCCGCUCCCAGGAAUGCGAGCACGUCUCCGAGAGGCUUGAGCCUUUCUCGGCAAUUCAAUGUGACAUCAAAGGCAAGAGCUCGCUACAAGAAAGCCUUCAGGCCUACGUCGAUGGCGAGAUCAUGGAAGGCGACAACAAGUACAAGUGUUCCACUUGCGAUCGCCACGUCGACGCAGUCAAGAGGACUUGUCUCAAAGAUAUCCCAGACAACCUCAUCUUCCACCUGAAGCGCUUCGACUUCAACUUGCGGACGAUGCAGCGGAGCAAGAUCAACGACUAUUUCGCAUUCCCCGACAAAAUUGAUAUGGGGCCUUACACGAUCAAUCAUCUGAGCAACCCCACUGAAGAAAUUUUAGAAGACGUCUUUGAACUUGUCGGCGUCCUCGUUCAUACUGGAACGGCAGAAUCAGGGCAUUACUACUCGUACGUCCGGGAGCGCCCAACCGACGGCGGGGCGCCAACAUGGGUCGAAUUCAACGAUGAGACAGUUAGCCCAUGGAAUCCAGAAUUGAUGGCAAACUCGUGCUUCGGAGGUCCUGAUUAUCAGCCGCAGUUCCAACCAGGAAGCGCAGUUUUCGAGAAGCAGUACAGCGCCUACAUGCUCUUCUACCAAAGGUCAUCUUCUCUGGCCAAGAGUCAAGAGCUUCUACAGCGUCCCGGACGUUCCGUCCCGUUCGGCGUCAAGAUGCCAGAGGACAUACAGGAUUACAUCGACGAGGAGAACAACCAUCUGCUCCGGAGGCAUUGCCUGUUCGACCCUUCGCAGAUUCAGUUCGUCUGCCUGGCUCUCUUCCAGCUGAAGAACUUGCAAUCGGGUGGAUGUUCACGCGACCAUACCCUGGAGACGCACGCGCUUGUCAUGGCUCUUGGCCAUCUGGACCAGGUUGCGUCGCGAACAAAGGAUGUUCCGGACUUCCAUAUCCUCCUCGGUCGGAUUCAAGCCAUGUGUGAGAGCUGCCCUCGCUGCAGCCUUGCUGUCCAUAGCUACUUGAGCGGGUACCCAAUUGUUAUCCGAUCGCUUCUACAACGGAACCUGGACGAGGAUGUUCGGCAAGGAACCGCAAACCUCAUAAUCCGGGUACUCGAGGUGAUCAAAGAACGAGUGCCGGCGCAGUACGGUAUUCCGCCCGUGGAAGCCGAUGACGGGGACGAAUCGGACGGUUUCGAGCCUCAACCGUCAGUUAUCGACGGCGUGAUCCGGAUGCUUGAGAUUCUGUGGCAAUCUUUCCACGCGCACCUGCGCUCAUGGCCCGAAGUUUUCAACUUCAUGUUGGCUUUCGUCAAGCUGGGGCGCCACGAGCUGGCAGCCUUCUUGCGGCACACGCAAUUUCUCAAGUGGCUGUUGUGGAUCGUGUGGGCAGACACAAGUGCCGAGCCAUUCAUCUCGGUUCAGUUCGCCAAAAUGGUUGCUGCGGUCGCGAGGAGACUGCCAAACCGACCCCCGUCGUACGAAUCCAUCAUCGCGCUCUUGGACUAUCUGCUUGUGAACGUGCGGCUGGCUUACAGCGCUGGCGGCCAGCCUACUGGUGCACCCAACGCCAAAGAGCGAGUCAGGCUCAGCGCGGAUCUGGACGAGCCAUUUGAGGUCACGAGAGCAGAGGCGGACAUUCUGCAUCACACUGGCCCUCGCACGAUACCAGUCAACACCUUCGUGGAUAAACUCAUCUCAAUCGACCAGAACCCAGCGGCGAGCUAUUCGAUCGUUUCCAGUCUGAUGAAGCAAAGCCGCCAGAUGGAGAUUGCCGUGUUCCACACCCUUUUGCACCGGAUAACCGGGCAGAUUGGCCACAGCGUCUCACCAUACCUGCGCGUGGCCUCGUCGGUGUUCUGCGUCGUCGCAAGUGACGCGGGCAUGAUCGGCGACUUGGUUAAGCACACCGCGCAACAGUGUUCGUGCUUGCAAAAUACUGAGGGCAAGGCGUUCCUGGAAUUUUGGCGCGAGACCUUUGACGAUGGUAGGCAGAGGUCGGGAGAGACGGUGCAUCAAGUCAUAAUGGCUGGGCUCGACAUGGUGCCCGAGUGGGCUCCCGGCUUGCUGGGCUACUUUGAUACCUCAGUCAUCGAAGGGACUGAGCAGUUUCUGCAGGAGAAGAUAUUUAUGUACCGCAGUUUCCGGCCACCCCGCGACGACGAGCCCGAAGAGGCACGGGAGCUGGCCGAGAAGAUGAGGCUGACGGCCAGAGCGCUUGGAUUCAGGUGUCUUGGGUUUCUUCGCGAUAACUACGUGGUCCGCAAUGCCGAGGUGACAGAGCGCGCUGUCGGGGGCCUGCAGAGAGUGAUCAGGACCUGCGCUAAGUACUUCAACUUGAAGGAACCGUCGGAAGAUGACGAGGCGCAACUGUUCAUGCAGCUCAGCCAGAACGUCCUGGACUCGCUGGCCCGACUCACCGUCGUCGACGAACUGGAGGAAGACGGCUCGGGAAUGUAUUAUAGCGACGACUCCAGCGUCGCGUCUAGCAACACGGCCGGCUGA